CCAAUCAAGUUAAGAAAAAAAACAUAUUGAAAUCAAUAAGCAAACAAUAAAAUAAACUAAAAAACAGUGAAAAUCCCCUUAUCGAGCGGCUGACUAAUAAAGUGUCGCCAGAAAAGUUGAAAUAUAACGAACGAGUGAUAAUGAAAUUCAUUAUGCUAUCUAACGACAUAAUAUUUUUAAUCCAGCAUCAAAGUUCUUACCAGAAAAAAAAGUUCGAGGUACAAUAAAAAAUAAAAAAAUUGCCUGCUAUGUAGGCUACUUACAUAGCUACCGAUCACAACGAUAUAUAGAAACUAGAAUAACAAAUCAAUCAAAAAUAAAAUGUAGAAGUUGAAAAACGAACUAUUAGAUAAAACAAAAAUUGAUUAAAAACUACGCUGCAUCAAGUUACUGUUGUAAAAUAGCACAAAAACCAAAAAUAUAAAAUCAACCAAACACAAUAAAUAAAAUAGUGAAAAGAUUUAUACGAUUACAAAAGAAAACACCAUGGUGCACUUAAAGAUAUAUAUGAAGUUUAUAACAUAUAAACAAAUAAUAAUAGUAUAAAAUCCUACACAUAAAAACCUAACAUAACUAAGACAAGCAAAUACAAAUAUUACACUUGCGAUAUGGAUUCAUUAGAGCGUCUACUGCGCGCUGCUCCACUACCGCGCACGCUAACAAGCGUUAAUGGCGCUGUCGCUAAAGGACAACAGCGUGCUUUGGUGCAUGCCUCCUUGGCGGCGGCUACUGUCGGUCGUAAGGGUCGCCAUUUGACAGGCACAUUUUGUCUUACCGGUGACACUAUGGAGGGUAUAAUACAGUGUUUGGUCUUCUUAAAGGCAUUUUCGCUCGUUGGCGGCGAAUUUGAUAUGGAAUUAAAUUUUGUGAUACAAGAUGCACAAAAUAUAAAACACAUGUUAGAACUGCUGGAUCACUGCCCGCCGAAUCUACAGGCUGAGAUCUGGAGUGUGUUCAUUGCUAUUCUACGCAAGAGUGUGCGCAAUUUGCAGGCAUGCACAGACGUCGGACUAAUCGAGCACGUAUUGGUGCGACUGCAGCGUUCCGAAACCGUUGUGGCAGAUUUGCUCAUCGAAAUGUUGGGUGUACUCGCCAGCUACAGCAUAACAGUUAAAGAGCUCAAACUACUCUUUGGCACAAUGAAAGCGGUAAAUGGCAAAUGGCCACGACACUCCGCCAAAUUGUUGAAUGUCUUACGUCAAAUGCCACAUCGUAAUGGACCGGAUGUGUUUUUUAGUUUUCCAGGACGAAAAGGAUCGGCAAUGGUACUGCCGCCGCUGGCUAAAUGGCCAUACGAAAAUGGUUUUACAUUUACAACGUGGUUUCGUUUGGAUCCUAUUAAUUCGGUGAAUAUCGAGCGCGAAAAGCCCUACCUCUAUUGUUUUAAAACAUCGAAAGGCGUCGGCUACACAGCUCAUUUUGUUGGCAAUUGUCUGGUGCUUACAUCGAUGAAAGUCAAAGGCAAAGGUUUCCAACAUUGUGUGAAAUAUGAAUUUCAGCCGAGAAAGUGGUACAUGAUUGCUAUAGUGUACAUAUAUAAUCGUUGGACGAAAAGCGAAAUAAAGUGCCUCGUUAAUGGACAACUGGCGUCCAGUACCGAAAUGGCGUGGUUCGUUUCCACAAACGAUCCAUUCGAUAAGUGUUACAUCGGCGCAACGCCCGAACUGGAUGAGGAGCGUGUUUUUUGCGGACAAAUGUCGGCGAUUUACCUAUUCAGCGAAGCGCUGACAACACAACAGAUUUGUGCAAUGCACCGACUGGGGCCCGGUUAUAAGUCACAAUUUCGUUUCGACAACGAGUGCUAUCUGAAUCUGCCGGACAAUCACAAACGGGUGAGUCAGAAUAAUGGCAACAACAAUAACAACAACACAACAAUAUCAACGACGGUGCUGCUUGCUGAACAAGAGGCUCAAGCCAUCGAUUGGUCCGAUGAGAAGCUCGAUUUGACUGCGGCCUUUGCAAAAAUACGCGCUGUGCUCUCAGCACGAAAUGCCUCUGCGAAUGCAGUGCUAAAUGCUUUGGGUGGCGUAGUAGUAGUAGACGAUCAUGGGACUGCCAGCGGCUCUACGAUGACUGGUGGUGGUGCUGUUGGUGGUAUGGCCCCAACACCCUCAGCAUCGUCAAUGAAUGCCAACAGCGCUGGCGGAAGUAAUGCAGCGACGAGCGCAAACAACAAUCAACAUAUUGGCGGUGGCGGUGGCGGUGCCAAUGAUAAUAACAAAAUCAUCACAGAUCCUUUGUGUCAUUUGCCAACCGGAAAUACAUCUUUUGAACAAUUGCGUCGCAUCUCGGCUACAUCCGCUGCCAGUUUAGAGCUUCUGAGGGGCUACACCAAUCAGACCGAAGAAAUUAAUCAGCUUAAAGCUGUGCUCUACGAUGGUAAACUGUCGAAUGCCAUCGUAUUCAUGUACAAUCCAGUGGCAACCGAUGGUCAAUUGUGUCUGCAAUCCGCACCGAAAGGAAAUGUUUCAUAUUUUGUACAUACACCGCAUGCACUUAUGUUACAGGAUGUCAAAGCUGUCGUUACACACUCAAUACAUUGUACAUUAAAUUCCAUUGGUGGUAUACAAGUGCUAUUUCCAUUGUUCUCGCAACUGGAUAUGGCGCAUGAGGGUAUAAGUGAUGUAAAACGCGAUCCAACGCUAUGUUCGAAACUUUUGGGUUUCAUUUGUGAAUUGGUCGAGACGUCACAAACCGUACAACAACAUAUGAUACAGAAUCGCGGAUUCCUAGUCAUUUCGUUUAUGUUACAACGUUCGUCGCGCGAACAUUUGACUUUAGAAGUUUUGGGUUCGUUUUUGAAUUUAACCAAAUAUUUGGUGACAUGUCUGUCGGCGAAUAGUGAUUUAUUGCUGAAGCAGCUGUUCUGUUUCUCAUUUCUAACGUGGCAGCUGCUCGAUCAUGUGCUCUUCAAUCCGGCGUUGUGGAUUUACACGCCAGCCAAUGUACAAGCGCGCUUGUACUCCUACUUGGCUACGGAAUUCCUCAGCGAUACGCAAAUCUACAGCAAUGUGCGACGAGUAAGCACAGUUUUACAAACGGUGCAUACACUAAAAUAUUACUAUUGGGUUGUGAAUCCGCGUACGAAGAGUGGCAUCGUACCGAAGGGAGUUGAUGGUCCACGUCCAGCACAAAAGGAUAUACUAGCGAUACGUGCUUAUAUUUUAUUGUUUUUAAAACAAUUGAUUAUGAUCGGUAAUGGUGUCAAAGAGGAUGAACUGCAAAGCAUUUUGAAUUAUUUGACGACCAUGCAUGAGGAUGAAAAUCUUCAUGACGUUCUACAGAUGUUAAUUUCGCUUAUGUCCGAGCAUCCCAGCUCCAUGGUACCUGCUUUCGAUGUGAAACAUGGCGUUCGUAGCAUUUUUAAAUUAUUGGCUGCUGAAAGUCAAUUGAUACGCUUACAAGCAUUGAAAUUGCUUGGAUUCUUUUUAUCGCGCAGCACACACAAACGAAAAUAUGACGUUAUGUCGCCGCACAACUUAUACACAUUAUUAGCGGAACGUUUAUUAAUCUACGAGGAAUCGCUCUCCCUGCCAACGUAUAAUGUCCUUUACGAAAUUAUGACCGAGCAUAUAUCACAACAAAUUUUAUAUACCAGACAUCCAGAGCCGGAGAGUCACUAUCGUUUGGAAAAUCCAAUGAUCCUCAAGGUGGUCGCCACGCUCAUUCGACAGUCCAAACAAACCGAAUCACUGAUUGAAGUGAAAAAGCUCUUCCUCUCCGACAUGACCCUGCUGUGCAAUAGCAACCGUGAAAACCGACGCACUGUACUCCAGAUGUCGGUUUGGCAGGAGUGGCUUAUAGCCAUGGCCUACAUACAUCCGAAGAAUACCGAAGAGCAGAAAAUCUCCGAUAUGGUGUAUUCCCUCUUCCGCAUGCUGCUACAUCAUGCGAUCAAACAUGAGUAUGGCGGUUGGCGCGUAUGGGUCGACACUUUGGCCAUUGUACACUCGAAGGUCUCAUACGAAGAGUUCAAAUUGCAAUUUGCGCAAAUGUACGAGCACUAUGAGCGACAGCGUACGGAUAAUAUAACCGAUCCAGCGUUGCGACAAGCACGUCCCAUCAGCACGAUCAGCGGUUGGGAGCGUGAAGAGCAACAACAACAGCAGCAUCAUCACAACCAUCAACAUCAACAACCACAGCAGCAGCAGCAGCAGCAGCAGCAACAACAAUUGGAGCAUACACAUGCGCAUCAUCAGCAACACCGGGCGCAAGCAGCGCUACCAGCGCCCGCGGUACAAGAAUUGCCUGUUAAGGAUGCUGAAUCGGUGGGCUCACUGGAAGAUGUACCACCUGUGGAGGAGGAAGUAGAGGAGUGCGAAAGUAUCGAGCCAACAGUGCAAGAUGUGGCCAGCACAACAACAGGCAAUGAGAGCGAGUCGGCCAAUUGUGGUUGCAAUGCGAACGAAAAAGCCGACAGCGACGAAGGGCCUACCAAUACCACGUCAACGGGUACGAACACAAGCGAAGACUUAACGAAAUCGAAAAUAUCCAACAUAUCCGAUGUGUAUAAUGAACAUAUUAAGUCGGAUGUUGUAAUCACCAGCAUAGUUGAAUCACCUGCAGUCGCUGUAACCUGCAAUGGCAGCGCAUCGAGUACCUCGACAGUCGCCAGCGCCAGUAGUACACCAGCGAAAUCAUCAGGUCAAGAAGCAUUGUCACAAACACUUAACCUCAAACCUGAGGAUCUGGAAGAGAUCGAACUGGCGACCGCCAAGAUGGCCGCCGGUACAACUGCCGAUGACGAACAUGUGCAACAAGUGCUGCAAAGCUCGGAGCGGGCAUUGCAAGACUGUAAAAUGGUAGCCGAUGAAAUGCACGAAGCAUCGUCCGUCUUAAAGGAUGAGGAGAUCGAGUUGGCUGUUAAUGAGGUGGUGCAAGGUGUGCUCAAGAAUGAGAAGAAACUUGCGACGAAGGAGCCGUCCACGUCUACCACGCAGGAGACACAUACAAAAAUACAAAAAACCGAUGAGGAUGAUGUGUCUUUGUUGAAUACAAAGAACUUAUUGAAUAACAAUGCUGACAACGAGCUCAAAACGACAACAACUACAACAACAACAACAAUGGCAAUGUCCACCGAGAAUACUUAUAAUAAUAACACAACGGAGAGAAAGUCAGAAGAAGAAGAAGAAGAAGAAGAAGAGAAUGCUAACAAUGUUGAAGAUGAAAAGCCAAACCAUGCAGUAGUCACGGACCUACACGCCGACCCAGCGCCUGCUAUUGAGACGCAACAAAAGACUGAUGACAACAAAACUGAAGAAAAUAACUUAAACAACAACAACAACACAAAUACUGCCGAUCCCAGCGACGAGCAUAAAACGUCGAAGUUGGCAAUUGUUGUUGCCAAGGAACACGAACACGAAUUAAUGGAUGUCAGUUCCUCGCUUUCGACCACCGUUGAGACAACCGAGGAGAUCUCAUCACUUAGUCCGGAAACAACCGUAUCUAGCGCAUCCAUAACCGAGGAAAACCUACUCGGUCUCGCCGAGACGACGCCAAUAGACAACGAAAACAACGCUGUUGAGACAAUGGUAAAAGACAUAGUCGAUAAAUUAAUAGACAAAGUGGUGGACGCAAGCGUGGCCGCUGAAGAAGCAAGUAAAGAGACAAACAACAAUGAAAUUCUGGACAAAGAGAAGAAUGAUGUAAGUGAAGAAGCAGCAGUCUCGGAGACAGCUAAACAAAUUGUAGAAGAUGUACUCGCCAGUGCCGUAGACAAGGCAAACACCAGCGACGUUGAAGUGCUGCCUGCGGCAUUGGUAGCACAAACACAGGACACACAGAACGAAGAAACAAACAAAGCAAAAGUGGAAGACACAGAAGAAGAAAAUGUCACGGAUAUUGUACAAACAGUCGUGGAUGAUUUGCUGGAGCAGACUGUGAACGCUGUAGAGAAAGCCAGUGAAAUUGAACCAACAGCUGUAGCCACCACAGACGUAGCUAACACGGAAACAUCAGCGACGGAGGCAGUACCAACACUAGCAGCAGUAUCAGCGGCGGAAGUACCAGCAGACAAGCCUUUAGCGACUGCCUCCACACCAGCCGUAAAAGAAGUUGACUCAACCACGCAAACAACGCCGAAGCUCCAACCCAAUGAAAACGUGGUCGGCAUUCUGAAUGCCGAGGUCGUCGAAGAAUUGGUCGACGAGCAGGCCGAAGUAGAGACGCACACAGUUGUACACGAAGAGCUGCUUGACGAUGUGGCGCAAGUGGACCCACACCACCAGACGAAACGCGCGACUGCCGGCACACAAGUGGAGAAUAAUCACUUUGAUGAUAAACAUCCACAUCAACAACAACAACAACGUACAAAAGGUGGUUCAACACGUCCAAUGUUCAGUCCCGGCCCAACACGUCCACCCUUUCGCAUACCAGAAUUCAAAUGGUCUUACAUCCAUCAGCGUCUUUUAGCUGACGUGCUCUUCUCAUUGGAGACGGACAUACAAGUGUGGCGCAACCACUCGACGAAAAGUGUUUUGGAUUUCGUAAAUGCCAGCGAAAAUGCUAUCUUUGUGGUGAAUACGGUGCAUUUAAUAUCGCAAUUGGCGGAUAAUUUGAUCAUCGCUUGUGGCGGUUUGCUGCCACUGUUGGCAAGUGCCACAUCGCCAAAUUCUGAACUGGAUGUACUGGAGCCCACACAGGGUAUGCCACUCGAGGUUGCCGUCUCAUUUCUGCAACGGCUCGUCAAUAUGGCGGACGUGCUAAUCUUUGCCACUUCGUUGAAUUUCGGCGAAUUGGAGGCGGAGAAGAACAUGUCCAGCGGCGGUAUACUGCGUCAAUGUUUGCGUCUGGUGUGCACGUGUGCGGUGCGCAACUGUCUGGAGUGCAAAGAGCGUACGCGCUAUAAUAUGGGUGCAAUGGCGCGCGAUGUACCGGGCGCCGCACAUCUGCAGGCGCUCAUACGUGGCGCACAAGCAUCACCCAAGAAUAUUGUUGAGUCAAUAACAGGUCAAUUAUCCCCAGUCAAGGAUCCUGAGAAGCUAUUGCAGGACAUGGAUGUUAAUCGUUUACGUGCGGUUAUCUAUCGUGAUGUGGAGGAAACCAAACAAGCACAGUUCCUUUCACUCGCCAUCGUUUAUUUCAUUUCCGUACUUAUGGUUUCCAAAUAUCGUGAUAUAUUGGAACCGCCAGCGGAACCACAAAUUCAGCGACAAUCGCCCGUGAUGCAACGUUCAGCCGCCGAACCCUCAGGUCGCCCGCUCUUCCCACAGUGGUCGCACCAUGUGUACCCACAAUUUCUGCCCAACAAUUCUCAUCAAAGUCACAUGCCUACGGCGACGGCAGCAACAUCGACUGGGAAUAUGCAGCAGCAGCAGACACAAACAACGCAUCAGCAUUACUAUCAUCAACAACAACAACAGCAACAGCAACUGCAACAACAACAAUUGUCACAGCAACAGCAACACAGUUACAGUCAUCACUAUGCCACGCUGCAACAGCAACAGCAGCAACAACAACAGCACCAACACCAACACCAAGCAUAUUACGGCGAGCAACAGCAACAGCACGUUAUGAGCGGUGGCAGUAGCAACAGCAGCAGCAAUUACGCUGGCAAUAUAUCACCGCCAUUGGCCGCACAGUCAACAAGUUCCUCGGCCUCUUCGUCGGCUACCUCACAGCCGGCGUCCUCCUCGUCGCUAUCGAGUUUGGCCUCACAGCCAACAACACGUCAUCAUCAACAACAACAGCAGCAGCAGCAGUCACAACAACAGCAACAGCAUUCGAGUGUCGCACAUCAGCACCAGCGACAUGCACAGAAGCACCACUACCACCACCAGCAGCAACAACAGCAACAAUUGCCAACACAACAAUUCCAACAUCAGCAGCAGCAGCAGCAGCAGCAGCAACAUUACGGCAUGAUGAAUGGCAUUGCUAAUCAAAUGGCAAACGGCAUCGGUGGUGUAGGCGGUUGUGGCACCAACAAGACUGCACCACAAAAUGUCCAAAUGACAGGUAAUGGCCAUCAGCAACAUUUUGUUGGCAAUGCUGGCGAUAUGAAUGGUGGCGGCAUGGGUGGCCCUUACCAACAGUACAUGCGUGCAAGCAUUGGUGGUGGCAUAAUGAAUGGCGGCAACAACGGUGGCAUUAUGGGUGCUGGUGUUGGUGGUGGUGGUGGCAGUGGCGUUGCCCAUCAGAACGGCAUAACGGUCGACUAUCAUCACACACAUGCGCAUGCACAUGCACACGCCCAUGCAGCCGGUGUUGGUGCGGUGGCAAUGAACGGUGUAACUGCCAAUAAUAGUGGCCUACUAAUGAGCAGCAGCAACAACAACAACAACAGUAAAACAAACAGCAACAAUAUUAAUUGCAAUAGCAAUGUUAUGCGUGUUAGUGUUGGCGUUGGCGUCGGCAGUGAUGCAACUAACACAGGUAGCGGUGUUGUUGGUGGUGGCGCUGCAACAUUGCCGUACAAGAAUAAUGGUUUGAAUAACAACUACCGUUACAAUGGACGCGCCAAUAUCGGAACAGGCACGCGUACCAUUCAAGAUGGUGACUAUGAAAUUAUUGUCGUCGAUGAAAAUAAUCCAUCGGUUUUGGCAGAUAAUGAUUCACAUUCAAGUGGACCGCCCUCAAUUAAGAGUAAUAAGGCUAUUACCGCCAACACCAAUAUGAAUACGAAUACAAAUACGAAUACCAAUACCAAUACCACUACAACUACAACUAUAACUACCACUACUACUACUACCAUGGAACAAAGGGCAAAUUCAAAUUUAAAAAGCACAACAAAAAGUCUAGCAACAACUAUAACAACAACAUUAGGUCUAACGCCGGGAAAUAUAAAAAUGUUGAGGCAUACAAGCAAAUUGCAACAACAACCAUUAUCACCACCGAAACCAGUGUUGCCUAAGCCAUUGCCAAAGAGUGUCGACUCCGAUGUCGGUUCGUUGAACAUGAAUUCAACGGAGAACGAAGUUCCUGAAGUGGAAUCGUCGAGUGAAAUUCUGGCCGAUGACAACAAACCAACCAAUUCGAACGACGAAAGCUGGACAGAUGUCAAUUUGAAUGAGGAUGCCGGUGUGCAGGCCACCGCAAGUGGUUUAUUGUCAGGCGGCGGUAUGUCAGCGGUGGAUGGGAAGUUGCGUGACAUCGACAGUUUGCAACAUCAAACACAUCCGCAGCAUCAGCACCAGCAUCAGCAGCAGUCACAGCAACAACAACAACAAGCAGCAACAGGACACGGUCAACCGCAGAGUGCACAGCAAAUGCAAGCACAUCACGGUGUAGCGCAUCAAUUGGUAGGUGCGGCGGGCGGCGAACGCGGCGACAAACCCGAUUCGGAAAUAUCGGUGGUACGCGUACCGGAUAGCUAUGCGGCAACAUCCGGCGCUUCAGGUGCGGGCGUUGCCACGGCUGCCGGCAAUGUGGGUCAGCGUGGCACACGCUCUGAUGAGCUACAAAUGAAACCACCACUCGUUGGCCAGCUGCCGAUGACAACGCCCUCGCGUGAGGCGAGCCUUACACAGAAAUUGGAGGUGGCAUUGGGUCCGGUAUGUCCAUUGCUACGUGAAAUAAUGGUUGACUUUGCGCCGUUCCUUUCGAAAACGCUAGUUGGCUCACACGGUCAGGAGCUGCUGAUGGAGGGCAAGGGCUUGACCACGUUCAAAAAUUCGCAUUCCGUUGUGGAGUUGGUGAUGUUGUUGUGCUCGCAAGAAUGGCAGAAUAGCUUGCAGAAGCAUGCCGGCUUGGCGUUUAUUGAAUUGAUUAAUGAGGGUCGCUUGUUGUCGCACGCCAUGAAGGAUCACAUUGUGCGCGUCGCCAAUGAGGCGGAAUUCAUAUUGAAUCGUAUGCGUGCCGAUGAUGUGCUCAAGCAUGCCGAUUUCGAGUCACAAUGUACCCAAACGCUAUUGGAGCGACGCGAAGAGGAGCGCAUGUGUGACCAUCUGAUCACUGCGGCACGGCGACGCGACAAUGUGAUUGCCAGUCGACUAUUGGAAAAGGUGCGAAAUAUUAUGUGCAAUAGACACGGUGCCUGGGGUGAUGCCAGCGGCACUGUGCAAAAACCGACAUUCUGGAAAUUAGAUGCCUGGGAGGAUGAUGCACGCCGACGCAAACGAAUGGUGCAAAAUCCACGCGGCUCAUCACAUCCACAGGCCACACUAAAGGCAGCCAUUGAAAAUGGCGUACCCGAGGAUGCUAUUCUACAGACGCGUGAUGAAUUUCACACACAGAUUGCAGUGACACGCAGUCAUCAGGCCAGCCAGCAUACGGCCGACCUGUUGGACGAUGCUGAACUGUUGAUUGAGGAUCGCGAAUUAGAUCUAGACCUGACGGGACCAGUUAAUAUAAGCACGAAAGCGAAACUUAUUGCACCCGGUGUCGUCGCACCUGGCACUGUAUCUAUCACCAGCACAGAAAUGUUCUUUGAAGUGGAUGAAGAUAAUCCAGAGUUUCAGAAGGUCGACACCGAAGUGCUGAAGUAUUGCGAUCACUUACACGGCAAGUGGUAUUUCUCGGAAGUACGCGCAAUAUUCUCACGUCGCUACUUACUGCAGAAUGUGGCAUUGGAAAUUUUCCUAGCCAGUCGCACCUCCAUACUCUUUGCUUUUCCCGAUCAACACACCGUAAAGAAAGUAAUUAAAGCUUUACCACGUGUUGGCGUCGGCAUCAAAUAUGGCAUACCACAAACACGUCGUGCUUCAAUGAUGGCGCCCCGUCAACUCAUGCGCAACUCUAACAUGACACAGAAGUGGCAACGACGCGAAAUCUCCAACUUCGAGUAUCUAAUGUUCCUCAACACGAUUGCUGGACGCACAUAUAAUGACCUCAAUCAGUACCCGGUCUUUCCGUGGGUACUCACCAAUUAUGACACAAAAGAACUGGACCUCAGUCUGCCUUCGAACUAUCGCGAUCUUUCGAAACCGAUCGGCGCACUAAAUCCCUCACGUCGCGCCUACUUCGAGGAACGCUACGAGACGUGGGAAAGCGAUACCAUACCGCCAUUCCAUUACGGCACACACUACUCAACCUCAAGUUUCACGCUUAAUUGGCUGGUGCGUGUGGAGCCCUUCACCACCAUGUUCUUAGCAUUACAAGGCGGUAAAUUCGAUUAUCCCGAUCGUUUGUUCUCAUCCAUCUCCUUGUCGUGGAAGAACUGCCAACGUGACACAUCCGAUGUUAAGGAACUGAUACCCGAAUGGUAUUUCUUGCCGGAAAUGUUCUACAAUUCAUCCAGCUAUCGCCUGGGUCAUCGCGAGGACGGCACACUUGUAAACGAUGUCGAGCUGCCGCCAUGGUCUAAGAGCCCCGAAGAAUUUGUGCGCAUCAAUCGCAUGGCUUUGGAAUCUGAGUUCGUUUCGUGCCAACUACAUCAAUGGAUCGAUUUGAUUUUUGGUUACAAGCAACGUGGACCCGAAGCUAUACGCGCCACCAAUGUCUUCUACUACUUAACCUAUGAGGGUAGCGUAGAUUUGGAUGCUAUCAGCGAUCCAGUUAUGCGCGAGGCAGUUGAAAAUCAAAUACGUAAUUUCGGUCAAACACCGAGCCAAUUGCUUAUGGAACCGCAUCCACCACGCAGCUCAGCAAUGCACUUGUCGCCAAUGAUGUUCAGCGCCAUGCCCGAUGAUUUGUGUAUGUCACUGAAAUUCUAUCAGAACUCACCAAUUAUACACAUCUCCGCCAACACGUAUCCGCAAUUAUCAUUGCCAUCCGUGGUAACCGUGACUGCGGGUCAUCAGUUUGCCGUCAACCGGUGGAAUUGCAAUUACACCGCAUCCGUCCAGAGUCCCAGCUAUGCAGAAUCGCCACAAUCGCCCGGCUCCAAUUUGCCGUUGACCAUCGAUCCAGUGCUUUCUGCACAAAAUAGCGGUCACAAUAACCCAAUGAAUCGUCGUCACUUGGGCGACAACUUCAGUCAGAUGCUGAAGAUACGCUCCAAUUGUUUCGUUACCACUGUGGACAGUCGCUUUUUGAUUGCUUGUGGAUUCUGGGACAACAGCUUCCGCGUCUUUGCUACCGAAACUGCCAAAAUUGUGCAAAUCGUAUUUGGCCAUUUCGGUGUAGUCACCUGUUUGGCACGCUCCGAAUGCAAUAUUACAUCGGACUGUUAUAUCGCUUCGGGUUCGGCGGAUUGCACGGUUCUACUGUGGCAUUGGAAUGCUCGUACCCAAAGCAUUGUUGGCGAAGGUGACGUACCAACACCGCGUGCUACGCUAACGGGCCACGAGCAAGCUGUAACUUCGGUUGUGAUUAGCGCUGAGCUGGGCUUAGUCGUGUCGGGAUCAACAAACGGUCCUGUUCUCAUACACACCACAUUCGGUGAUCUCUUGCGCUCACUUGAUCCGCCAAUGGAUUUCUAUUCACCUGAAUUGAUUGCCAUGUCUCGUGAGGGCUUUAUUGUUGUCAAUUACGAUAAGGGCAAUGUAGCUGCGUAUACCAUUAAUGGCAAGAAGCUGAGACACGAGACCCACAAUGAUAACUUGCAGUGCAUGCUGCUUUCACGCGAUGGUGAAUAUCUAAUGACUGCUGGCGAUCACGGUAUCGUGGAAGUUUGGCGUACAUUCAACUUGGCACCUCUUUACGCCUUCCCAGCUUGCAAUGCAGCCAUUCGUUCGUUGUCAUUGACACAUGAUCAAAAAUAUCUCCUUGCUGGCCUCUCCACCGGCUCGAUAAUCGUCUUUCACAUCGACUUCAAUCGUUGGCAUCACGAGUACCAACAACGUUACUAAGAGCGACGGAGGUGCUGUUGUAAGCCACCGCUAAAGUAAAUUCCCAAAACUGACAUAACACGUACUUAAAGCCAACAACUCUGACGACUUAACAAAAUAUAAACAAAGCGCGGCUAAUUUUGAAGAGAAAAAUAACGUAUGAUACAAUAACAACAACUACAUUUGUGUAUAAAAUAAGGCCAAAUUGCAAAUAAGCAGGACUUAAAAUGUUAAACAAAAUUAGUGUAAAGAAGAAAAAUGUCAAAUAAAUUAUAAAUAAAUACGUAUGAAAAAUUGUAGUGACAAAAAUUCAAAAAAAAAAAAGGAAAAAAGAAAUAAUUCAGUAAAUUUAAUAGAUGAAAAUAUAUAACUUAAUAAACGUAGCGGUAUUUGCUAUCAGUUUUUUAGCCGAACGUUGUAUGUACACGUGUACGCUAGAGAAUCAACACGAGUUCUUUCAUUUCAGUUUUAUUAGACUUUCAUAGGUUAGGUGAAAAUUAUGUUUUCAUUUCUGUGCAAAUUUUUUACUUAGGAUUACAGGCAGCAGUCGCAAAAAAUGUACUUAUACACAGUUAAAAAUAUAAACAGUUAGAGCGAGACUAUGCUACGAAUAGUUUAGUAAAAAAAAGAAAGAAAAAAACAUUAAAAACCAAAAAUGUCAAAAUUAAAAAAAUAAGAGUAAAAAAUAAUAAAAGUAAAUAAAAUAAAAUUUAAAAUAAAAAAUUCAACUUAUAAAAAUUUAAAAUUUAAAGUUACGCUGAAAGUUCUUAAUCUAGUAUUUAAUAGAAUUUAAAGAGAUUUUUUUAAUUAAAGCCGAUAUAAAUUUAUGAGAAGCAUUAAAAAACAACCAAAAGUAAAAGUUAAAUAGUUUUAGUGACACAGAAAUAAAAGAGAAAAAAAUGUAGUUCUCACUCAAACCCAAACAAAGACGUAACAAAGCGGCCAAAAAAGAGAUAACUAAAAGCUGUAAUUGAAAUAAACAUAAAUUAGUAAUUUUUUCUUAAACUAAAAAGCAUUGUACUUAAAACAAAAAACAUAACACAAAAUGCAAAACAAAGGUAUUUCAAAAACAUAAACAGUUCGAUUAGCAGAAUUUGUGAUUAAAGAGCGCAUAAAUAGAAGAGAAAAAAAACGCUUAGAAGCAUUAAUAGCGUGCUGAGAAAUUAGAGAAGAAAAAAAAAAACAAAAACCAAAAA